CACCACACCCCACACAAUCAGUCCUUUCAGCACUCUCCUGGUUGACAGCAAGGCUUCCAGAUUCAUCAGCCAACGUUUAGUGAAAGAUGGGUGGAGAAGACUGGAACUCUGGGCUCCUCAGCUGCUGUGAUGACAUAAAAUCUUGCUGUUAUGGUUUGUGGUGCUGCCCCUGUCUUGCCUGCACCGUGUCAGGACAUUUUGGACAGAACCGCUGUCUUCCACUGUGUGAUAUUUGCAGCCCUGCUGUGAUGUCUGCUUUUGGGAUACCUCUGUUUGUCCCCCCUGCAGGAUUAGCCCUGCGAGUCGCGAUUCGGCAGAAAUAUGAAAUUAAGGGUUCUCUUUGUAAGGACAUUGCCACGUCCUGCAUCUGUGUGUGGUGCUCCUGGUGCCAGAUGCAUCGGGAGUUGAAGUAUCGCAAGGAAACCCCUGCUGUCGUGAACCAGCCUGGAAAAUGAAAAGCUACAGAGAUUAAGCGGUUUUCCAUUUUCUACUACAGAGGUUUUAUAACUGCUGCUCCAAAAUUCGAUUUAUAGUGAUCGUCUUUAUAUCUAAACAUAAUUUGUUUUUAGUGUUACUGUGGCUAUAAGCAUAGGAUUUAAAUAAAUAAAACAGUCUUGGCCCUUGAACUUCAGAAUUUGCUUGGCACAGUUUAUGAUAUGAUCCACUCCACCCUGUGUUACAGUCAUAGCAGACUUAAUUAUUUUGAUAAGAAUUUUAAUACUGAGAUGAAGGAUGAAGAAAAAAAAGUUUACUUUUUAAUGGUGGUGUGUUCAUGUCUCUGUUUAUGAUUUAUAUUAAACUUUAUAAAUAUAUGUAAUUGACAUCAUAUUAAUAUUACAUAUGAAUGUUUUUAAAUGUGUGGUUUUUUAAUAUAACAGCAUUUAAUAGUAAAUAUCUAUAUUUGACUGUUACCUGUCUACAAUUCUAGUUUCACUUCUUGGAGUAAAUGUUAUUAAAUAAUUAUUCCUUUCAACAGCAGCAACCAAAAUUCCUGGUUUUAAUUGAGUGCAGUUCACAUUUAGCAAAACUCUUUGUUAGUUUGAGGUUUCCUUCAUCUUGUUUUACACCCAUGUCUUGUUUUGCAUAAAAUGUAUCAAAAUUU